AACAAUCCUCAUGACGGCAAAGUACUGAUAGUCAGUAAGAAGCACCGGUGUGAACAGUAUGGCAGAGAAAGAGAUCGCUGUUGCUGAGCCUCAAAAGAAGCAAACCAGAAGUACCUCUGGUGUAAAGAACUUCCUUGCUGGAGGAUUUGGAGGAAUAUGUUGUGUAGUGUCUGGCCAUCCACUUGAUACGAUCAAGGUAAAUUAUGUCGUGAACAAAAUGAUUUCCAAAUACCUUUCGUGACGUGGAAUCGUUAAAAAAAAUGAUGGAUAAUCUGGAAAUGAUACAACUGGAUAUAGCUUUUAGAGCAAGUAUAAUCAUGGUUGCGUUAUCAAUGGUCGAUUUUAAGAGGCUUUUUCACUCUAAAGUCAUUUUUAAACCAAAAAUUUUGUGCAAAGUUCAAAGUCCAUGAACUUCAGUGCUAUUUUUCCUCCGGCGGCAUUGUCAAGUCUCGUAAAAUUUGUACAAUCUGGUGAUAAAAUGGAGUAAACAAACACUGAGAACGCUAGAUAUGCAACAGAUUUAUCAUUUAACAGAAUAAAGAAACGAAAUUUUCUCUUUAUUUUUUUCUCGAAUAUCAGGCUUGCGGUUUUGAUUUUACCUGUUUCGUGAAUGAGAUGAUGAAUUUAUGAAUGGAUUUUUUCAACUCGAAAUACACAGUUUUUUUACCUGAGCAAGACUCCAUCUCUCCAUCUUUGGGGGAUUUGGGCAACUUCAGAUAACAAAGAUGCUGUCUUUAAUUAGACCAUAACAGAAUAUUUUUAUUUAUGCAUGGAAGCUAUCUCCUUAAUGUGAGGAAACAAACGUAAAAAUGGAAAUAUGUCACGCAACAUUAAGCUCCUUUCUAAUAUCACUCAGUGGAGUGCUCAUAUCAUAAUGCUGUGUCAUUCAGUUUUUUAACUUUUCACAAAUGUUAUGUUGUUUGUGUGUAUGCAUUGUUUUCUUUUGAUUGAUGAUCAUGAUUUUGUCAGGUUCGCCUUCAAACUAUGCCCCAACCAGAGCCAGGGCAGAAGCCACUGUUCACUGGAACUCUUGACUGUGCACUUAAAACAGUUAGAAAGGAGGUGAGAUUCUGUAGCUCACACGGUCACAAACACUAUAAAACAUGGUGAAUGUGUUACUAUUAUUUUUGUUGAGUGAGGCACAGUGGAAGUUGGAUGACCAUGUUUUGAUGAUAAAAUUUUGUUGCUGUCACAGGCAGCUGGCUCCAUUUCCAGUGGCAACAAGCCAUGUGACUGUUUUUAGCAGGCUUUUACAUUUGACAGUUGGGAAUGCACAAUUCUAGAGUUUUGGUUACCACUGGAAACAAGGAAGCUUGUCUGUAACUAUACCAUAAUUUUAUAGUCAAAACUUGUCAACAAACUUAUCACUCAACUGAGAAUCAUGGUAUAACUUCCCAUAAUUAAGUGCCUUUUGAUUCACAUUAGUGAUAUGAAAAAUAAAUCUGGCCAACAGGAAAGAGAAUGUUGAGUUUGAUAUCUGGUGGGUUAUGCAGAUAACACUUUGGCAUUAAGAUGUCUUAAGAUUUUUAAAAUACUGUAUAAUCACAAAGUUGUAAUCACUAUAAGUUCCACUUUGAUCUAUACUGCAGCUAUGGCAAUUUUCUGUUUGUUUUUCCUCUUCUUGUUGGUCGUUAUCCCCACAUGAAUAAUUGAGCCAGCUGGUAACCAAGGUAGAGCAGUGGUACACACCAAUUUUUGGAAGAGGUACACAAAUUCAUAACUUUGAACCCCUUUCAAAAAUCCCUGCUGUGAUCCUUGACUAGGGUUGGAAUGAAACCUGAAAAAUAACAGGGUCAUUUAGUACUAUUAACUGAGUUGAUAAUGUAAAUUGGCCACCGUAGAGAGUUUCAAAGCUGACAUUUUGAGCAUAGCCCUUGGUCAGAGUGAAUGAUGAAGGGCUAACUCUCAAAAAGACAGCAUUGGUACUGUUAACGGUGGCCAAUUUAUGUUAUCAACUCAAUUGAUAAUACUAAAUUACCCUAUUAUACCCUUCCACUGACACAGCACCACAGUUUCUUUAGAAACUUACCCCCUUUAUUCAUUUGUCUCAAAAAUAACAGUUAAGCAGAGUUAACAGACAUCAAAGAUGCAGGGAAAAAGUGGGAAGGACAAAUGUUUCUUGUGGAUGACUUAAUUUAGGCUUGCGUUGUCAAGAUUCUUAAACCAUUUUAGAGCUCCUUUAAUGAGAGAAAUAAUUUCCACCCAGCUGUAUACUUAAAAUUAAAGGUGUGGUGAUUUGUGAUUUUGGUCCAUACCUUAAGAAGGGUUAAAUUGGACUUUUCUUUCCAGGGAAUUCUUGGUUUAUACAAAGGAAUGGCAGCUCCUGUUGUGGGUGUAGCACCAAUAUUUGCCAUCUGUUUCUGGGGAUUUAACAUGGGCAAAAAACUGCAGCUCAAGAAUCCUACUGAUGAACCAACGUAAGUCAGAUGUCAUUGCAUAAAAUGAUAAACUUGAUUUGGGUACAGCUCAACCAUGGGAGACCUGGAGGUCUUCUGGUUGAUAAACUAAUGGUCUUUUGGGGAGCAUGGAAGGUAUUGUGGCUUAUCUUCCAACUUCUGUGGUGUGCAGUCAAUUCCCAUCCUGAUGUCACAUUCAGUUUGAGUUUUUCACAAGGUUUUCUAGUUUCCAUGGAGAUCCUUUUUAAUUACAGUUGAUGAUAGGUUUGUUUCCCUUUUCGCAGGUAUUUUCAAAUUUUGACAUCAGGUUUUUUUGCUGGAGUUUGUACAACUGUUAUUAUGGCUCCAGGAGAAAGAAUAAAGUGUAUUUUACAAGUAAGUUUUUAAAGUAAAUGUUCAGCUCAGUAAAAACAAGGACACAUUUUAGAGGCAUUUUAUAUAGAAAGUUCUUUCUGCAUUUAGAUUGAAAGUCAGAGUUGGAUAUGUUAACUAACCGAAAUACUGGUUGGCUGUCUGAAAUACUAACAGGCUAGCCCUGGUUGUCAUGGUAACAAAAAUUUAAACCUGGAUGGUUAAAUUCUUGGUUGUUGUAAAUUAUAUAAUGGUCUCUCUGCCAAUCUCUCUGUAGAUUCAGCAGGCUAGUGGAGCAGAAAAGAAAUAUGCUGGACCUAGUGAUGUAGUGAAGAAGCUUUACAAACAGAGUGGAAUUCGUGGGGUAUACAAAGGAACAUGUGCAACUUUAUUGAGAGGUGGGAAUUUAAACAGUUAAAAGUAAUGAGUAUUAGACUUUUCAAGAUAUGUGUUUUGUGAAAGGGUGAGACUUGGUCAAUGUGUUAAUUUUCUCAAGAGAACCAUUUCAUUUUCACUAAAAUUUUCUUCAGUCUAUGUGAACUAAGUACUAUUAUAUUGUCAGGGUAAUGCGAUAGAACAUCUGGGCUGGGAGGAGAGGGUGGGAAAGAGAGACAGUAUAUGAAAUGUACCCCUACUAAUAAUACUUGGUUUAAAUCUAAAACAUCUAUCAGCUGCUUCAUCUUUAUAUACUGUCUUAGUAACAGAAGAAUAUGUACAGUAAGCAUUAGAUGUCUUAUUCAUGCCCAACUGGAAAAAGAGUGUGUUGAAAGUUUUAGCAUGAUCAUAAAUGUGUUAUGAUGCAUUUAUUACUUUGAGAAUAAGUUUCAGGAUAACAUGCUUUCUAGCAUUUUUCAGUUUUAUAAUUUGAUCUGCUAUGGAUAUGAUUGUUUGUAAAAUGUGGAAAAUUUUCUCAUGUUUACUUGGUUUUUCUACAGAUGUACCGGCCUCAGGAAUGUACUUUGCAUCAUAUGAGUUUCUCUUAAAUGCACUCACUCCAGAGGGAAAGACGUGAGUAUUCUGUUUGCUACUCACUGAGAAGUUCUCAAAUCAGGGAUGAACAAAAUAAUAUGUAUGGGAGUGAAAAGAUGGUAUUACCCCCGUGUUAACAAUCCCUCUAAUUUACAAUUCUUUUUUUGUAAUAGGCGAAAAGAUGUUGGAGCUCUGUCAAUUCUCUGUGCUGGAGGUAAAGUUCCCAUUUUAUUCUCAAACCUGAAAUUUUGCUUUCUCCUUGUUUUCAUGUUGAACUCGAGGGAGGAAACCCAGGGCCACAGAAUUGGGAUGAGAUUGUUCUCAAAACAACACAAAUCUCUCCUUCUUAUCCUCUCGUUGUUUUUUAAAAUCAUUCAUAGGGUCUACUGCAUGUGUAUUUUCCUUUUCACUGAAUAUCCAUAUGUAGAAAUUAGAAUAAAUUUGAGUAAGACAAGUGAAAAAUGGUCUUACUGUUUCUGUUCACAGGUGUGGCAGGCAUGAUGAACUGGAGUGUUGGUAUAGCACCAGAUGUACUUAAGUCUCGUCUGCAAACAGGUACAGUAGACAGCUCUUCUAGGACAUGACCAUUAAGAGGAAUUUGGACCUGAAAUUCACGCACAAAUGUAUUUAUGAGAAAGUGAGGUAUUGGAUGAAUGUCUGAUGAUUCACCAUCCAGUAACAAGUAACCACACUAUCUCCUAAACACUAGUAUUUUUAUCUGGCAAAUCCUGUUUCAACAUUUUUUUCCUCACAGUAUCCACAGCUCUGCACUUGGUGUUUUUUUUUUUUUUUUUUUUUUUUUUUUUCAGACAAAGGGCAGUACUACACUGUCCUUCAGCUAAUAUUGCUCAGUUUGAUGUACUUCAGCCUUCCUGUAUUUGUGAAAGUGCAUAUUAACCCUCUAACUGAUCCCAAAAUCUGAUUUGAAAUUCUCCCCUCUAGCUGCUUCACAUGUCCUUGUAAAUCAAUUAAGAGAAUUUGGUGUUAAAUCAAGAUAACAACUCUUACCUGAUAAGUUUGAGUAUUCUCAUUUCUUGUUUUCUGGACAUUGUAUGGACAUUAAAGGGAGAGGUUACAUGUUAAUCACCUCUGGGAGUUAAAUGGUAAAUGGUUGCAUUAUGAUAGAAAAUUUAGAGGGAAGAGAAAAGAAUUUUUCCUUAGUAUGAUUUUUGGAUCAAUAUCAGUAUCUGGACAGCUGCCCAUCUACCCCUCCCCUAACUCAACAACAGUCAAUUGACAACAAGUUAGGGUUAAUGUUGGGUUAGGGGAGGGGUAGGUGGGCAGUUGCCCAGAUACUGAUAUUGAUCCUGAUUUGUUGUACAUUGUCACAAGCAAAUGUAACUUGUCAGCAAAAUUUCCAGGCACAUGAAAAUGCGCAGGAACAGAAUUAGAAAUGGAGAAAGGUAAUUUUACUUUUGUUUAUUAUUUGCAGCACCUGAAGGAACUUAUCCAAAUGGUGUUAGGGAUGUUUUUAGACACAUGGUAAGUUCAGUUCUACGAAUUUGUUGCUGCAGAGCAUGUCAGUUUAGUUUGGUCAGUCUCACUGUGUGUGAUACUGAAGGUGACGUGGAUACUGUAAAGCCCAUGAUUACCGCGCUGGACUUUGCACGAAGAGGCCUGUGGUCGGGUCCUGGUCAUCUGACCUGGUCACAUGACUUUGUUAACUUGCUAAGGACUUGCAUUCCGUCCAAGCAGAAAAACAUAACUCACUCUCUUCAUGUAACUGAUAAGCUCGUAAGAAGUAACCUUCGAAGUGUGAUCUUCCUGACUGAGUGCGCAUUGUAACAUUUUAGAUGCGUGAGGAAGGACCUGGGGCGCUCUUUAGAGGCCUGACUCCAGUUAUGCUGAGAGCUUUUCCUGCAAACGCGGUAAGUACACUCUUUUAAUUGCAUCAUUCAGUGGUUUCCGUUUUGAAUUUGACACUGAGUGGAUAUGAAAAUAAGAAGAACCAAUUUAUGGGGUAAUUUUGAGUUAUCAAUUGAGCUGAUAACGUAAAUUGGCAGCAGCACCACAAUCUCUUUAGAAACUUACCCCUUCAUUCAACUGGAGGUAUUGCUCGUUUGCUUUCAAUUGAAGGGACACCUUUGGAUAUCAUCCAUGUACACAAAAUUAGACCUUCAUUGACUUGUACAUCUUUGCUAUUACUUUUCAGUUAUCGUUAAGCGGUCUAGAAAACUCGCGCUAUAGUUUUAACGAAUCGUGGAAAACUAAAACAGACCGUGAUUUGCUUCCUCGCUUUUUCUCGCGCUUGCAUGUUAUUAAUUUUAUUUUUCAUUGGCUCGUCUGUGACUGGCUUUUAGAAACACAAACCAGUUUUUUUUUUCGAUACUCAAUCCAAAACGCUCUAAUGCGGAAACGCUUAAACCAAUCCCGCCAUAUCUUAAUGGAUAAAUUAUUUUUUAUCAAUUCGCUGUUUUCUUUUUGACAGGCUUGUUUCCUUGGGUUUGAAUUAGCCAUGAAAUUCUUCGACUGGAUUGCACCAGACUGGUGAUUUGACACCAACGUGGACAUAUCAGCUGUUGAAAAUAUUCUGCACAUAGCAGGAGAAAAAAUUGUCUUGCGAGAAAUUUUGGCUUUUGUCGUGAUGAACUGUUCCUCUGAAUGAGAUCUCUACAUGAGUUUUAUAUACAAACUGAAAAUAAUUCCCCCAACGAAAAAGCCUUUAUUAUUUCAAUUAACUACAAAUUACCCUCUUUUUAGUAAGAAUAUCUUUUUCUCGGUAGAAGCGCGGCGAUUGUAUUACUGUGUUUUAGUGAAAUUCAAAAGAAGAUUCACCAGCAUCUAAAGGAAUCUUAUUUAUUUAACUUCUAUUUUCUAGGAGAUCUUUUUCUGCUAGACAUGAUGUUUACACUCUAUACAGUAAUGUACGAAACAAGUAAUUUAAUUUGGAACAAAUUGUUUUUCUACCACGCAGCUGCCCGAAAUUACGUAUCGCGUGUGAUAUUUUUUGUUUGCAGUUCGCAUAUGAAUCUGUGAAGGUCUACAUUGUACCUACAAAGGUUUCAAAUGUGAAACUUGGUCUUUUAAUGAAAGAACAGCUUUCAUCGUAGGAGAAUAUUUCGUAGUAAAAGACAGUUUAAAGUGAAUGGUCUGAAAAUUGUGAUUCACUCAUUGGUUCAGUCGCAUCAUCUUGAGUCACUGAAUGUUGCUUUUACUGAUUACAGGCGAUGUGCCAAACGUCCACUUGGAAAUUUUUCAUUUUCGCGUGAGUAACUAAGAUCCAGAAUAACGGCUCACAUACUGGAAAGCUUCAUUAAGCUGUUGGUUUGCAAUUGCACGAUAACCAAUAUGAUAACUCGAUUAAACCGAUAUCACUGAGCAAUUCUGUGACUCGCGUAAACAAUUGUCUUUCGCUUCCUCUUGCGACUGAAGUUUCUCGUUGAUUGGUUUUUGUUCCCCUUGGACGAUAUUCAUUUGAAAUCUCUCUGUAGUUCUUUUCUGCUCUUCUUUGCUCCUUUCGAUUACUUUCACAAGCGUAUUAAACGCAAUUUCAAAUUC